UGGUAUCAGAGCCUUCUCUAGAAUCUCUGGAGCUUUCCGAUCAUCUCCGCGGCAAGAGUUCAGAUCUCAGCCUCUGCCAAGCAUUCUGAUCCUCCGAUUCCAAUCUUCUGCUGUCCUAUGAGCAAUCUGUGCCUCUGUGAACAGUCCUUGUUCAAUUCCACUGCCCUUUGUCCGUUGAUCUCAGCCUCCAGCCAAAAACUAUCCACUUUACAGAAAAUACAUGCUGAAAGAAGAGUAAUGCAUUUUCUCAUGAAAUUGAGAGCUGACUAUGAGGUUGUUCGAGCUAACAUCCUCAAUAGGGGUACCCUACCUGAAAUUGAUUUUAUUCUUGGGGAGUUGCUUCGGGAAGAGACCCGACUCACUACUCAAACUACCCUUGAGCAGAAGAAGGAUGAUGUGGUAUUCUUCACCAACAAAACCAAAUCGAAGCCUUCCUCUCGUGAUUUUUCUCAUGUUCAAUGUUAUGAAUGCAAGGCUACUGGUCAUACUGCUUCUCAUUGCAAGAAGCGCAAUUUCUGUGUUUAUUAUAAAAAAGGUGGUCACAUUAUCUCCGAAUGCAAAGUGAAACCACCAAGAACCUUCACCUCUAGUCCACGUACUGUUCAACCAAGGGCUUAUCAGGCUUCCGAAACACAAUCCUCUGGACCCUCUUCACUUGAUUCUGAGAAAAACAAUGUUCCUACUACUGUUGGUGUGUCAGAUGAGGUUAGGCAACUAGUCCAGAGCAGCGUGACCUCUGCCAUUUCUUCGGCAUUUUCUGUCAUUGGCUUGUCUGGUAAGGUUUCUUUUUAUAGAAUCCUAUCCUUUCAUAUAACAGCUAUACAAUGAAAGGAUUGAAAGAAUCCUAUCCUUCCUUUCAUAUAACAGCUAUACAAUGAAAGGAUUGAAAGAAUCCUAUCCUUUCUCAUUACAUUUGAUAAAUGAUAAUCUCCGCUCUUAGGAGAAUCGUUCAUCUGUGGGCGAGUUUGCAUUCAA